AUGUCGUCCGCAAAAUACAAUCUGCCCAACGAUUGGGAACUGCGCUGGUCUCGCUCGCGCAACCUGCCCUACUUUUACAACAGGACCAGCACCGAGUCCCGCUGGCAGGCGCCCGAUGGUGUCGAUCCCAGUGUCAUCCUCGCCUUCCAAAAGGACUAUCAGAUCCAGCAGCAGCAGCAGGAGGAGGCUGCCGCCGAAACCCGUGCCGAGAAAGCCGACAGCCCCAGACGUGUACGCCCCACGAUAACUAGAACCAAGGAUGAGGCCUUGGAGAGACUGAAGGGUUUCCAGUCCAAGAUCCAGUCGGGCGAAUCCCAGCUCUCGGAAUUGGCAGCGACCGAGUCCGACUGCUCCUCGGCCAAGAAGUCUGGUGACCUCGGCUUUUUUGAACGUGGACAGAUGCAGCCCGAGUUUGAGCGUGCCUCCUUUGCGCUUCAGAUUGGCGAGAUGAGCAGCCCUAUCUGGACAGAUUCCGGAGUCCACCUCAUCCACCGUACCGGAUAA